UGUAGCUCUAGCGAGCGCGCUGUUAACGUUUCCGAACAACAAAAACAAUUGAUGGUAUGAAUGAGUGUUUUAAAAGGGAAAAACAAACCGUUUAGUAAUUAUAUGCUAGAUUUUAAACUCUAGUCUGUUGUAUGUAGUUAGUAAGAAGUUGUAGAACCACAAGGACAGAGAGUAACCCUUAGGUGACUUAGCUAGCUGUUAAUUGUGAGUGUCUCAUCAGUAAACUUCUUUAGAAUGACUUCAUCUUCAGCAAAGGUGGGAGAGAUCUUCUCUGCGGCAGGAUCUGCCUUCAGUAAACUAGGAGAACUGACCAUGCAGCUGCAUCCUGUAGCAGAUUCAUCUCCUGCAGGGGCCAAAUGGACAGAGACUGAGAUUGAGAUGCUUCGUUCGGCCGUGAGCCGCUUUGGUGAUGAUUUGAACAAUAUCAGCUCUGUCAUUAAAGAACGCACAGUUGCUCAGAUAAAGUCCACAGUAAAGAGGAAGCUGUAUGAGGACAACAGAGUCCCGCUUUCAUCAGAGCCACCCCAGAAGACUGUGAAGAAAUCUACCGUUGCCAUGGCAGCCACUCCAGCAUCCAUGGCUCCGAGUUCACAAGCUGUUACAGCAGGAUUGCCACGUACCACUUCUUUGCCACACACGAUUAAAAAGCCCAAAACUGCAGAUGUGACACUCAGCGCCCUGAAUGACUCAGAUGUCAACAGUGAUUUGGUGGAUAUGGAAGGAUUAGGAGAGGGUUCUACCAAAAAGAACAACUUUGAUCAAGAAUGUCUGAGUUUGGACUCCAGCCUUAUAAUGAACUCCAGCGACUUGCCGUUGCUUUCUCGGUGAAAUACAUUUACUGAACUGUUUGCGAAGUACGAGAAGACCGAUGCAAAACCACAGAUGUGAGGCGAAUAAAUUCAGGCAUAUAAACUUUGGUUUGCUCAUGAACACUGGUAGAAGAAAACAGUGACAAACCAAUUUCAGACUCUGUUUUAAGUGUAUGAUACCAGAGAGGUGUUUGAAUUUUAAUUUGAUAGAUGUGUAAGCUAAAGCCUAGACUGGCUUUAAUCAUGUUCAACAUUUUCAUUGAAGGGUUCAGAUCACUGAGUAAAACUCCUACAUGUGCUCUA